AUGUCAGAACACAUCAAGGAUCCCACAACUAUUGAUGAACCUCACCAGGCUCCAGAAGAAAUCCAGUCUGAUUCUGAGGACUGUUCAAUGGCUCAAGAAUAUCCAAAAAAUUCAGCUGCAGAGAUUCCAGUGACUAGUAAUGGAGAACCUGAAGAUACACAUGAGCACAGUUUUAAUAGGGACCUGAACCGCUCUAUACCAGCUGGACUUGGUCUGUCUGAAACCCAGAUUACAUCUCAUGGCUUUGACAGUACCAAGGAAGGGGUCAUUGAAGCAGGACCUUUUCAAGGUUCCUCAGCACCACCCAUGUCACCUGUUAUAUCUCCUAGCAGUGCAGCAGCUAGCAGACUGGCUGGACAAGGGAGUGAUUUAAUUGUUCCCACAGGCAAUCUACGGAUGCAGCAAAAGAGUGGACCAGUUGUUCUAGCAGAUGAAAUGAAGAAUCCAGCCAUGGAAAAACUGGAGCUUGUGAGAAGGUGGAGCCUAAACACUUACAAGUGCACUCGUCAGAUAAUCUCUGAGAAACUGGGCCGAGGUUCACGAACAGUAGAUCUGGAGUUGGAAGCUCAAAUAGAAAUCCUGAGGGAUAACAAAAAGAAAUACGAAAACGUCCUGAAACUGGCACAGACCUUGUCCACACAGCUUUUCCAGAUGAUGCAUACCCAAAGACAACUUGGUGAUGCGUUUGCAGACCUCAGUUUGAAGUCAUUAGAACUCCAUGAAGAGUUUGGAUAUAAUGCUGAUACUCAGAAACUUCUUGCUAAAAAUGGUGAAACUCUUCUUGGAGCAAUUAACUUUUUUAUUGCCAGUGUGAACACUUUGGUGAAUAAAACUAUUGAGGAUACAUUAAUGACUGUAAAACAGUAUGAAAGUGCCAGGGUCGAAUAUGAUGCUUAUCGCACAGAUCUGGAAGAAUUGAAUCUUGGCCCACGUGAUGCAAAUACUUUGCCAAAGAUCGAACAGUCACAACAGCAAUUUCAGAUAUAUAAAGAAAAAUAUGAUAAAAUGCGUAAUGACAUAUCUGUUAAAUUGAAGUUUUUGGAGGAAAACAAGGUCAAGGUACUGCACAAUCAGCUUGUUCUGUUCCACAAUGCUGUCGCAGCAUACUUUGCAGGGAAUCAGAAGCAGCUUGAACAGACACUUAAACUAUUCCAUAUCAAAUUGAAAACACCUGGAGUAGAUGCACCAUCUUGGCUUGAAGAGCAGCAAUAAACCUUGGCAUGAAGAUCCAUGGUCAUCUUAGAAUCUUGAGGAUCAAGGAACUUGGAUAAAGAGAA